GUUUCAAAAACAUCGCUGGCGAUCGCCGCCGGGCCUUCGCUCCGCGAUGACCUGAGAUCGCCAGAAGACGCAGGCGAUCGUGCCGUUUGGGAGCUGGCCGAAUGGCGGAGGGUGAGCGAAUGGAAAGGAUGAAUCCUGUGGCCAUUGAGCAGUGGAUGGCAGGCGCCAUAGGCGCAUUGGCCGUGGCGCUCCUGGUGACGCGAUGCCUAAGGCUGUCGCUCCUGAUCGCCCUGGUGGCACUGACACUGGAGGCUGCGGCAUUGGCCGGCCAACUGGGCUUGCAACGUUAUUUGGGCAUGGGCCCUGCAAGACUGGCUGUGGGAUUUUCUGCACGUUCCAUUCGCUUUUGCAUCAUCAAUGUCAACAUACAGUCCGAAGGUUUGAUCUCACGGCUGGUGGUGCUGCCCUUGCCGCUCCUACUGACUGGCUUCGCUGCCUCCGAGCUGAGCCUAAAGUUGCAGCCGUUUCGCAUCCAGCUUUGUGCUACUGGCUUAUCCUUGGCCGUGCGCUGUCUAGAAGCCAACGAAUGGAACAAAGAUUCAGCUGUGAAGGGCGCACAAAGUGCAGCCCUCUCCCAGCUCGAGAUGCUUUUCUUUGCCAUGGAACGCAGACACCGUGAGGUCACAAGCCCUCCUGCGAAGAAGCGUUCCCUGCAGCUGGUGAAACAGCUGGUUGACUUGAUUCUGGACCAUGUGGAGGUGCAGGCAGACGGCUUCGCCCUGAAGUUGGAAGCAAUGAGAUACCAAGGCGAAGAAGCGCCACAGCUGAGUCCCGAGAGAUUCCUGGCUCACAUCCAGGUUGGCCGAUUUCAUCUUCCAUCUGCAGUUCCCGAAGUUGAUCCUCAAGUACCUUGCCCUGAUGUGUCAGCAUGCAGCGAUGGUGAGUACUUUUGCCCUCGUGUGCAACGUGAUAUCCGCGUCAGGGGCUUUGACGCUUGGCCGACCAAUGACCGGACGACGCAAGUCCUCCAUCAGAGCCACGCAGCCAACUGUGUGGCAAGGUAGGUGUGCUGCGCUGCUUUUCAGCAAAGGAUGAAAGUUAGAGAACUCAACAUGUAUCGUGUAUCCUUGCUGAGUGGCCCUGACAUUUGGCGGAAAAGGUGCCCUUUGUGAACACAACUGCUUUGUGA